AUGAAGUCGACGCUGAUCAUCGCCGCCUUUCUGGUCGCCGUCGUCUGUUGCGACUUCCAGAAGCCCGCCCUUCCGGUCUUCCUUCGCGGAGCCGAUGACGCCGCCAAGAACGUUCGUUCUUUGAAUGGAGAAUAAGAAUAGAAACGAUCUUAUAGUUUAGCUCACUUUUUUUCAUUCAGUUUUUUAUAUGCUUUAUUUUCCGGAUUUCUUAAAAAAAUUCAACCAAAAAGUCAGCAGCCUACGCCCUGAAACUAGUUAAUUUCCACGUCUAUAAGUUUCAGCAAUUCCUCGAAAUCGUCAACAACGAGGAGUUGACCCGCGAGCAGAAGGACGAUCAGGUCGAGGCGCUCAUCGCCACCCAACCUCAGAACAUCAAGGUGCUACUCAAGGGAAAUUUGAUAAUUUUUGAAGGCAUUUCAAGUCUAUAUCAUAAAAUAGUUCCAGAGUAGUUUGAUUGACUUUUGAGAUGAUCCUGAUUACUUGAAAAAAGGGACAUUUACAUGAAAAGGACAAAAGGCAAUUUAUAGUGCUUUUGAGAUUUUCCUAAAUAAAACUUAGGCUCCUUAUAAAAUUUGAACCCUGAAAGAACUUAAGAUAUAUAGCUGAUUUACGGUUGCCUUAAGCCAUCAAUAAAAGGGUCCUGACACGAUAAUAAAAUAGAUAGCUACAAUGAAAACCCUUCAGGACGCUUUUGAGCAGUUCCGUGCCAAGGUCGACGCGAAUCGCAAACGGUUCAACGAGAGCGUCGGACAGCAGGUUUGUGCUUUUUCUUGAUCAAAGUGAGACCUUUUUGAGCCGAGAAUGAGCCAUUUUCAGCUUGCCGGAUUGAGCCCCGAAGCUCGUCGAGCCAUCCAACGACUCCACAAAAAUCCAAGCCAAUGAGCAGCUGCCGGUGGUAAUUUUUAGGGAGGGGGGUUCUUAGUUCUCUCUGACGAUAAAUAUAACCUUUACUACAAAUCCUUUCUGAAAAUUUCGAAAAGUUCCAGAACCGUGAGCAGAAAGCCCAAGAGUUCUUCGACUCCCUGCCGGCCUCCGUCCAGAAGGAGCUCACCGAGCUCAAAAGCAAGCUCCCGGAGCCGGUAAAUGAAUUAUUCUUCCCAUUUCCCUAUCUGAUUCAUUUUCCAGCGCAUCCAGCCGGAAAUGACCACUGACCACUAA